UGACAAUUUGCACGAGAGGAAUCCAAACCAGAAUCGUGGCAGAAUCAUCAGCAUGCGUUAAUUUCCACCUUAAUUCUUGCUUUAAACAGAGUAUCCACCGUGAUUCUCUGAUUCUUCGUUGCUUUCCUUCAUUCCCACUCCACUUGCUGACCAUUUGAGUCGAACAGUAACACUUUUCAUGGAAUUGGCCACCUCAAUUUUUUCUAUCUCUACAAAGAAUCUUACUUUAUAUGGAUACCCGCGAAUUCAAAGAGGCUCCUUCAAGUACCGCCCAUGGCGUGCUACACCUACACGCACUGCUAUUAGCGCUAGGAGUUCCUUCACGAAUUUGGUUUCAAAUGGGUAUGUGGGUAGAGGCAGCAGCAGCUUUGGAUAUAAUAAUAGAGCUAAUAACAGCAAUAACAAGAAGAUAUAUACCAUAAUAGACUCUUGUUUGGUGAUUCCUCCACCUAAAGGUAGAAGGCCACUAGCAAUCAUCAAGUUCUUGGGUGGUGCCUUCAUUGGAGCUGUCCCGGAAGUCACUUACGGCUACCUGAUAGAGCUAUUGGCAAAGGAAGGGUUUCUUGUUAUUUUAGUGCCCUACAAUGUGACAUUCGAUCAUGCUCACGCUGCUAAUCAAGUGUACGAGAGGUUUAACACUUGCCUGGAUUUAAUACUAACAUCAGGAUUGCCUGAUGCCAAUUUAACUGCUGCCCAGCUUGUUGGUCUUCCACUAUUUUCUGUUGGUCAUAGCAAUGGUGCGCUACUCCAAGUUCUGACAGGAAGUUACUUCUGUGACAAGAUACCAAAGGCUAAUGCCAUAAUCUCAUUCAACAACAGGCCUGCUACAGAGGCGGUACCAUACUUUGAGCAGCUGGGUCCGCUUCUUAAUCAGAUGAUGCCAAUUGUGGAGGCAAACCCAAUGUACUCAAUGGCUAGGAGUGCCUCAGGAGAUGCUUGGAAAAUGCUAAUUGAUACUGCUGGAGCAAUAAUACCAGACACUGAACAAGAAGCUCUAACAUCAAUAACCAAAUUUGUUGAUCAGUUGCCCUCAGUAUUCAAUCAGGUUACAGAGGGAGUAUCAGAGUUCAAGCCCAAACCUUCUGAAAAUCGUGAUUGUCUUAGAAAUUCCUAUAAUGUCCAACACACACUACUGGUGAAAUUCAGUUCUGAUACAAUUGAUGAGACAGAUCUCCUUGAAGAGACCUUGAAGCCUCGUGUUAAGUCAAUGGGUGGGACAAUAGAAAAGGUCCAAUUAAGUGGUAACCAUAUCACACCAUGCAUACAGGAACCGAAAUGGCAAGUAGGUUAUGUGUACACUCCUGCAGAUGCCAUUGCUCAAGGUCUGAAGACUCUCUCACUGAAUGAGACUAGAGUUCUUUCCAGAACCAUUAGCGACUGGUUUAGACGUUUUUAAGAUUGAAAUGCUAGAGGUUCAGAAUGUUUGUUUUGAGGGUGGACAUGCAAUGGUAUGAUUAGUUUUAACUGUAAAUUUUGGGUUAACAAAUAAAUACUUCUGUAAGCAUAACUUUUGUUUCAUUGGUAGAGAAAAUUAGGUGUCUACUGAUUUGUCAGAGUAUCUUCUGUUGGCAAAUAAAUAUAGUGGAAGAUUAUUACAGACAA